GACACGAGUGCAGGCUGCGCCGGGGACAGCGCACGCAGAAAGUGCGCGCGCGCCAGUGCGGGAGAGUCGGGCUCGUGGAGGAGGUGCUCGUGGAGGAGGUGCUGCCGCCGGCGGGACUUUGAAGUUGUUCUUUUUAAUUCCUGGAGUAAUAAUCGCAGCAGCGCCCCCCCCCCCCAGCCCCGCCCCCCGCGGUUGUCUCAUGCGCGCGCCACCCGGCACCGGGAAACGGGAGUGUCUUUCACACGGAGUUUGGCGCAGUUGGUAAAAGCUAUAUAUAUAUUUAUAAAUAUAUUUAUAUAUAUUUAUUUGUGUUCCACUUGGCGCGGUCAGCCUGCGCGGUUCACGCCGGGGCAGGGGCACUCUCCGGCGGGCACGUACAGCUCGGAGGAGUCGGUAACGCUCCGGAGCUUUUCCUGUUUUCUUUUUUCUUUUCUUUUUCUUUUACUGGACCCAGCUUCGCUUUCCGUGAUAUAAGUUUGCCCCCCCCCGGCCCCCGUCGGCCCCCCUCGACCCCCCGCCAUGCCCGUCAGGAAGAAAGAUGCCCAGCGGGCCCUGCGGCUGCUGGAGGAGUACCGGACCAAGCUGCACCAAGCCGAGGACCGGCCGCUCCGCCGCUCCAUCCAGAGGGUCAUCGACAUCUUCCAGAGCAGCCUGUUCCAGGCUCUCAUCGACAUCCAGGAGUUCUAUGAGGUCACGCUGUAUGACAGUCAGAGGUGGGCGGAGUCUUCCAAGGCGGCGGCGGCGGCAGACCCCAUGGCGCCCGUCCACCUGUGGGACUUCUCCAGCCUGCAGAGCACGCCGCUGGCCCCGGCCACGCCGCCCAGCAUGGAGAAGCACCAGGAUGAGGACCUGAGCCCCCCCCACCAGGACCUGAGCCCCCCCGACCUGACGGAGGAGGCGGGGGGGCCGGAGCUGGUCCAGGUGGAGGAGAAGAGCCUCUCCCAGGUCGAGAGCGUGCACGACUCCGUCACCCAGGCCCACAUCUCCCCCAUGAAGGUAGCGUCUCUGGAGUGCAUCUCGGAUGGUUCCUUAGGACAGCAGCACCUCCUCUCCCCCACCUCCUCCACCCUCUAUUCCCACGGCGAGGACAGCGCCCCCCCCUCCUGCUCCUCCACCCCUUACCCCUCCAUCCAGCAGGCAGAAGCCCCGCCCUCUCCCAUAACCACGGCGACCCCCGGCUCGCCAAUCACCAACACCGCCGUCACCCCUCCAACGUCACAGGCUAACCCCCCCCCAGUGGUGGUCAACACAGACAGUCUGGACACGCCCCCUUAUGUGAAUGGGGCGGAGCCUGACUACGAGUACGAGGAGAUCACGCUGGAGAGGGGGAACUCGGGGCUGGGCUUCAGCAUCGCCGGCGGCACGGACAACCCUCACAUCGGGGAAGACCCCAGCAUCUUCAUCACCAAGGUCAUACCUGGAGGGGCCGCCGCCCAGGACGGACGGCUCAGGGUCAACGACGUGAUCCUGAGGGUCAGCGAGGCCGACGUCCGGGACGUGACCCACAGCCGCGCCGUGGAGGCCCUGAAGGAGGCCGGCUCGCUGGUCCGGCUCUACGUCCGGCGGAGGAAACCCGUCGCUGAGAAAGUGAUGGAGCUCAAACUGGUGAAAGGACCCAAAGGUCUGGGCUUCAGUAUAGCAGGCGGCGUGGGGAACCAGCACAUCCCGGGAGACAACAGCAUCUACGUCACCAAGGUCAUCGAAGGAGGAGCUGCACAUAAAGACGGAACGCUGCAGAUCGGAGACAAGCUGCUGGCUGUGAACAGCUCCUGCCUGGAGGAGGUGAGUCAUGAACACGCCGUCACGGCCCUGAAGAACACACCUGACGUGGUCUACCUGCAGCUGGCCAAGCCCAGCAGCCUCUACCUGGGGGGCGGAGCCCCAGACCUCACCAGCUCGUUCUCCCAGCAGCACACGGAGAACCACAUCAGCCCCCCCACCUUCCCCGGGCAGCCCCUCCCCCCGCCGCCAUCCUCGGGGCGCUUCUCCCCGACGCCCAAGAGCAUGCUGGGAGAAGACGACGUCACCCGGGAGCCCAGGAAGGUGGUGCUGCACAGAGGAGCAACAGGACUGGGCUUCAACAUCGUGGGCGGAGAAGACGGAGAAGGAAUCUUCAUCUCCUUCAUCCUCACUGGAGGACCAGCUGACCUCUGUGGAGAGCUGAGGAAAGGAGACAGGCUGGUGUCUGUGAACGGGGUGGACCUCCGGAACGCGACCCACGAGCAGGCGGCCGCCGCCCUGAAGAACGCCGGGCAGACGGUGACCAUCAUCGCCCACUACAGGCCGGAGGAGUACAGCCAGUUCGAGGCGAAGAUCCACGAUCUGAGGGAGCAGAUGAUGAGCAGCAGCAUCAGCUCUGGAUCCGGGUCCCUGAGGACGAGUCAGAAGAGGUCGCUGUACGUCAGAGCUCUGUUCCACUACGACCGCUCCAGAGACUCCGGGCUGCCCAGCCAGGGCCUCGACUUCAAGUUCGGAGACAUCCUCCACGUGGUGAACGCCUCCGACGACGAGUGGUGGCAGGCCAGGCAGCUGACCAAUCAGGGGGAGGCGGAGGAGGUGGGGGUGAUCCCCAGCAAGAGACGGGUGGAGAAGAAGGAGCGAGCCAGAUUGAAGACGGUGAAGUUCAACGCCAAGUCUCGAGACAGAGGGCAGUCUCUCAAUGACAAGCGUAAAAAGAACCUCUUUUCCCGAAAGUUUCCGUUCUACAAGAGCAAAGAGGCGAGCGAGCAGGAGACCAGCGAUGUCGACCAGCACGUGACCUCUAACGCCAGCGAUAGUGAGAGUAGCUACCGUGGGCAGGAGGACCUGGUUCUGUCCUACCAUCCCGUCUCCCAGCAGGAAGUGAGCUACACGCGGCCCGUCAUCGUGCUCGGCCCCAUGAAGGACCGCGUCAACGACGACCUCAUCUCUGAGUUCCCCCACAAGUUCGGCUCCUGUGUUCCCCACACCACCCGCCCCCAGAGGGAGUACGAGGUUGACGGCCGUGACUACCACUUCAUGGCGUCCCGUGACCAGAUGGAGGCGGACAUCCAGGACCACCUGUUCAUCGAGGCCGGGCAGUACAACGGACACCUGUACGGCACCAGCGUGCAGUCGGUGCGCCAGGUGGCCGAGAAGGGUAAACACUGUAUCUUGGACGUGUCGGGAAACGCCAUCAAGUGUGUGUGUGUGUAUGUGUGUGUGUGUGUGUGUGUGUGUGUGCGUGUCAGUGACCUUCUCUCCUUCAGGGAGAUGAACAAGCGCCUGACGGAGGAGCAGGGCAGGAAGACUUUGGACCGAGCCACCAAGCUGGAGCUGGAGUUCACCGAGCACUUCACAGCCGUGGUUCAGGGCGACACUCUGGAGGAGAUCUACGACCAGGUGAAGCAGAUCAUCGAGGAGCAGUCGGGUCCGUUCAUCUGGGUCCAGUCCAAGGAGAAGUUAUGAAGAGCCGCGCCUCCUCUGCUUUUAUUUUGAAAUGGAACAUCCCCCCCACUCUCUGAUCAACACUGAAUGAUCAGAGGCUUUUAUUUUGUAGUUUUUUGGGGUUUGAAUCAGACUCGAUCUUUGUGUUUCCUGACACACACAACACGGUACAGCUCCUUAAUGUUUAAGGGAGGAGGAGCAGGAGGAGGCGGAGCAGGAGGAGGAGGGGGCGUGUCCAUGAAGCUGCCAGAAGGACAGGAAACCAAAGCUCCAACUCAACGCCGGUUGAGCCCGUUUAUUUCCCAUCAGCCUUUGCAGCUGCUUCUCCUCCUCCUCCUUCUCCUCCUGCUGCGUUGUAGUUUCUCCGGCUGCAGCCAGGGGGCGCUGUGCAGGUUUCAAUGAGGUCACCGGGUCAUGAAGCCUUUCCUCAACUCGUUUGUGUCUCAAAGGAACCUGAAGCUUUUAUUGUGAAAUCCUUUUAAAACACAUUUCAUCCAAAUGACUCAUAACUACGAGUUUUAUUUUAACACCAUAAUCAAUAUAAAUAUAUAAAUACACAAAAGUGCAAAGCAUCAAAUAUCUCAUAUUUAUUUUAAUAACUGUAAAACUACAUUUGAAGAAACUCAAACAAUAGUUUUAUAAUUCUCAGUUUAAAUGAUUUAAAAUAAUUGUGCAAAGUUAAAAAGAUGAAGUUAAAACUAUUUAAUAACGUUAAAGACGACGAGUUGGUUCACACGUUUCAUCUUCAUCACGUGACCUUGUGAGGGUCAUGUGACCUUGUGGGGGUCAUGUGACCUUGUGGGGGUCAUGUGACCUUGUGAGGGUCAUGUGACCUUGUGGGGGUCAUGUGACCUUGUGAGGGUCAUGUGACUGUCUGCAGGUGUGUCCCCAACCGCAGCUUCCUAUUGGACGAGAGCCCAAUAUGACACGUCUGCUGCUGGUCGUCACGAUGUUGGAGAGAUUUAUAUUUAGUUUUCUUUGUUCACCUCUUGUCUUUUCUUUUGUAUGCAUAAUAAAAACUUAACAAGACAA